AUGCCGCCAAAAUUCGAUCCAAACGCCGUCAUCGAAGUCUUUCUUCGUGCCACCGGUGGUGAAGUCGGUGCAGCCUCUUCGUUGGCGCCGAAAAUCGGUCCUUUGGGUCUCUCCCCGAAGAAAGUCGGGGAAGAUAUCGCCAAGGAAACUGGCAAAGACUGGAAAGGUUUGCGCGUUACGGUGAAACUCUCCGUCGCAAACAGACAAGCGAAAGUAUCCGUAGUUCCGACCGCGUCUGCGUUAGUCAUCAGAGCGUUGAAGGAACCGUUCCGUGAUCGUAAGAAGGAGAAGGAUGUGCCGCACGACGGUAACGUGGCGUUGGAUGAAAUCAUUGAAAUUGCGAGACAGAUGCGACCGAAAUCGAGAGCAAAGACUUUGUCUGGCACGGUGAAAGAGAUUUUAGGUACGGCGAAGAGCGUUGGUUGCACGGUUGAGGGUGAAGAUCCGCAAGAUGUGCAACAAUCCAUCGAUGAUGGAGACAUUGUCAUUCCGGAAAAGUAA